CUGGACACCAUGGUGUACCCGUGUCGGAUCUGCGGCAAGGUGUUCUUCAACAAGAAGACCAUGUGGAACCACACCGGCCACUGCGGGAAGGAGAGGCAGUUCCCCUGCUACAUCUGCGGGAAACGGUUCAAGCAGAAGCAUCAUCUGACCAAACAUCUCAAGACCGUCCACAAGCCGGAAAACGCCGCCUCCUUCCAUCUUUACAGGGACAACAAGAAUUGGUUCCACAGAUGAAUCCUAGCCGCCACUCCUCUCCGCGAUAACCUUGUAAACCCUCGAACGCGCCGGCCGAGUUUAAUAAAGGGCGUACUAUAUUUGCUUAGGAAAUUCGGUGCACUGAGUUCGAGCAAACCCCUUCAAUCUACAUCGGACUAGAUACCAUUUAAUUCUCGAAAUCAAGACCUGGGAUUCUAAACUCGGUUUAACGAACCUCCUCGUUUUUCAGGGCGUUCACCGAGCCGGAAAUUCAAGCCGACUCAAUGGACGAAGAAGAGCACGUCACCGCAAAAGGGCUUCUCUGAAGAUCUGCAAAAUUCUUGUAUCAUUGCCGUUUUUCUAAAAAUUAGCGAUAUUUAUUUCUGCGGGGCAGGAUAUCGACGGUCGAUUUUUACGUACCAAGAUGAUCGAGGAUAAACGUAAAGUUAUGGAAUCAAGAAUUAUUGCGGAACCCGGAAUUAAUUGAUCGAUUUUUCUUGACGGUAGUACUGAUGCCGAGGUGUUGCUUAUUUUUCAGACUGGCCUGUGAAAGUCAAGUCGU